GCAUCAGCAGCCGUGAUCCGCUCUGCUCGGCACAUUCACUGAGGGGAUUUAUCACACGCAACCUGAAGAGAUGAGCAGCAGCAGCAAGAAGAUGGAGGACGAGGCGGUGCUGGACCGGGGGGCGUCCUUACUGAAGCACAUCUGUGACGAGGAGGAGGUAGAAGGUCACCACACCGUCUACAUCGGCGUGCACGUGCCCAAGAGCUAUCGGCGGCGGCGGCACCACCGUCGGAAAGCCGGCCACAAGGACAGAAAGGAGAGGUUGAUGGAGAACACCUCUGACAAGUCGGACGCAGAAAACAACGAAGAGGCCAGCAACAGCAUCCUCAAACCUCUCAUCUCGCCGGCGGCCGAGAGGAUCCGCUUCAUCCUCGGCGAGGAGGAUGACGGCCCUGCGCCGCCUCAACUCUUCACGGAGUUGGACGAGCUGCUGUCGGUGGAUGGACAGGAGAUGGAGUGGAAGGAGACGGCCAGGUGGAUCAAGUUUGAGGAGAAGGUGGAGAAAGGAGGAGAACGCUGGAGUAAACCCCACGUGGCCACGCUGUCCUUACACAGCCUGUUUGAGCUGCGGACGUGCAUAGAGAAAGGCACCAUCAUGCUGGACCUGGAAGCUUCCACUCUACCUCAGGUUGUCGAGUUGAUCACUGACAACCAGAUAGAGAUCGGCCAGCUGAAACCAGAACUGAAGGACAAGGUGAUGUACACGUUGCUACGGAGACAUCGUCACCAGACCAAGAAGUCCAACCUGCGCUCUCUGGCUGACAUCGGCAAGACGGUCUCCAGUGCAAAUAGUCCCACCACAACUCACCGUAACCUGACCUCCAGCAGCAUGAACGACAUCUCUGACAAACCAGAAAAAGAACAGCUGAGGAACAAGUUCAUGAAGAAGUUGCCGAGAGACGCCGAGGCCUCCAACGUGCUGGUGGGGGAGGUGGACUUCCUGGACUCGCCGUUCGUGGCGUUUGUUCGUCUGCAGCAAGCUGUGAUGCUGGGAGCCCUGACAGAGGUUCCUGUUCCCACAAGAUUUUUAUUCAUCCUGCUCGGACCCAAAGGCAAAGCCAAGUCGUACCAUGAGAUUGGCAGAGCGAUCGCCACGCUGAUGUCAGAUGAGGUCUUUCAUGACAUUGCGUAUAAGGCCAAGGACAGACAAGACCUGCUGGCCGGUAUCGAUGAGUUCCUGGAUGAGGUGAUCGUGCUUCCUCCGGGAGAGUGGGACCCGGCCAUCAGGAUAGAGCCCCCAAAAUCCCUCCCCUCCUCUGACAAAAGGAAAAACAUGUAUGCAGGAGGGGACUCUCAGAUGAACGGAGAUAUGCCUCACGAUGGAGGUCACGGAGGUGGAGGACAUGCUGCUGGGGACGAGCUGAAGAAGUCUGGAAGGUUUUGUGGGGGUCUCCUACUUGACAUCAAAAGAAAAGCGCCUUUCUUUAUCAGUGACUUCACCGAUGCAAUUCACAUUCAGGCCUUGUCAGCCAUUUUGUUUAUUUACCUGGGAACUGUGACAAACGCCAUCACCUUCGGCGGUCUGCUGGGGGAUGCUACGGAAAACAUGCAGGGUGUGCUGGAGAGUUUUCUGGGCACAGCGAUCACCGGGGGGGUUUUCUGUCUACUGGCCGGCCAGCCUCUCAUCAUCCUCAGCAGCACCGGUCCUGUUCUGGUGUUUGAACGGCUGCUCUUCAAUUUCAGCAGAGAUAACGAAUUUGACUACCUGGAGUUCCGCCUGUGGAUCGGCCUGUGGUCGGCGUUCUUCUGCCUGGUGCUCGUGGCCACUGACGCCAGCUUCUUGGUGCAGUACUUCACCCGGUUCACUGAGGAGGGCUUCUCCUGUCUCAUCAGCUUCAUCUUCAUCUACGAUGCCUUCAAGAAGAUGCUCAAACUAGCUCACCACUAUCCCAUCAACGCGGAAUUUACGAUGGAGUAUGUCACGCAAUAUGACUGCCUCUGUAUGGCCCCUGCUAUUAUAGAGAACAGUACGGACAUCAUUGACGAUCCUUUAGAUGGUACUUCUGUCUGGUACUGGAACAACACUGAUCUGCCAAUGAACGCCACGUGGUCGUCCCUCUCAAAGACGGAGUGCUUAAAGUACAAUGGAGAGCUGGUGGGGAAGGCCUGCGAGUUCGUCCCAGACAUCGCCCUCAUGUCCUUCAUCCUGUUCUUCGGCACCUACACCUGCUCCAUGUGUCUGAAGAAGUUCAAGACCAGCCCGUUCUUCCCCACCACUGUGAGGAAACUCAUCAGUGACUUCGCCAUCAUCCUGGCCAUCCUCAUCUUCUGUGGAGUCGAUAUGCUCAUUGGAGUCGACACUCCUAAACUCAUUGUGCCAACUGAAUUCAAGCCAACGAGUCCUAACCGGGGCUGGUUUGUGCCCCCGUUCGGAGGAAACCCCUGGUGGGUUUACCUGGCGUCCGCUCUCCCCGCCCUGCUGGUCACCAUACUGGUCUUCAUGGACCAGCAGAUUACGGCUGUGAUCGUCAACAGGAAGGAGCACAUGCUGAAGAAAGGGGCAGGUUACCAUCUGGAUCUGUUCUGGGUGGCCGUCCUGCUCAUUAUUUGCUCCUUCAUGGGUCUGCCGUGGUACGUAGCCGCCACCGUGAUCUCCAUCGCCCACAUCGACAGUCUGAAGAUGGAAACGGAAACAUCGGCUCCUGGAGAGCAGCCGAAGUUCCUGGGUGUGAGAGAGCAGAGAGUCACCGGUGUCAUUGUGUUCAUCCUGACCGGACUGUCUGUAUUUAUGUCUCCUAUUUUAAAGUUCAUCCCGAUGCCUGUGCUGUAUGGAGUCUUCCUUUACAUGGGAGUAGCCUCUCUCAAUGGAGUGCAGUUCAUGGAUCGUCUGAAGCUGCUUCUGAUGCCGGCGAAGCAUCAGCCCGACCUGGUCUACCUGCGACACGUUCCCCUCAGGAAGGUCCACCUGUUCACCUUCAUCCAGAUCCUCUGCUUGGCUCUGCUCUGGAUCCUCAAGUCCACUGUGGCCGCCAUUGUUUUCCCUGUCAUGAUCCUCGCUCUGGUGGCCGUCAGAAAAGCGAUGGACUACAUGUUCUCGCAGCAUGAACUCGGCUUCCUGGAUGACGUCAUCCCAGAGAAGGACAAGAAGAAGAAAGAGGACGAGAAGAAGAAAAAGAAAAAACGAGGCAGCAUAGACAGCGAGGCUGAAGACUCUGACUAUCCUUACAAUGAAAAAGUUCCCAGCAUUAAAAUCCCCAUGGACAUCAUGGAGCAGGAGCCUUUCUUAGGUGAUAAGGCCUCUGACAGAGAGAAGUCCCCAUCAUUCCUUGAACGACACACAUCGUGCUGAGCAGCUUCGCUACUACAAAGAAAACUGUUUGUCCAGCCCCGAGAUGAGUCCGCUGAAGUCCGUGCCUCAGAUUAGAAUCGACAUGGACCCAGACGACGAUAAUUCAUUCUACUGGAAGAGCAGAGGAUCUGAAACGUCUCUGUAGAGCCACGAAACCACCGCAGCACCCACAAGACAACUUUUACUUUUCCUCUUUUGACAAUAUUCUUUUUUUUAACUCCAUAAUACAAAAGACUUUGUUCUGAUUAUGUCACAGAGAAAAGAAGGGGACCGCACUAAAGAAAGAAUAGAAAUAGAAAGGGGCUAACACGACACAAGAAAACUUUCUUUUUCUAAUAAUGAAGCCAUUUUUAAAAUCCAUUUCUUGCUUCACAAUCUUCUUCUCUUGGUGUUUUCCCUCACAGCUCCACAUUAAACUGAUAGAUGUAUCUCCUCACUCUUCUUCUAUGCAACUCCUCCCACACAUCGACCGUAAACGCUGCAGCUCACUCUGCUCACCACGCAUGA